CGAUAUAACAAUGGUCUGAUGUCACGUCGGUGACCGUCGACCGCCUUUCAGUAUCAGUCCAAUCAUCGGUUAAGCAGCAAGAAGAGGAAAUUAGGUCCGACCAGCAGAGAGUCCGGAUAUAUAUCGCCGUCGGUGCUGACGCGUUUGGACAUCGCAAAUCAUUUUGGACGGAAAAAAAGUUUAAUUAAUAAAAAGGAUUACUUUGGCGAAACUGAAAAAACCAAGACAGUGUUUUGUUUUUUUUUUUAGUUGCGGGGUUUGCAUAGCGGAUGGCUUCUAAUAGUCUCGCCAUGACGAACCCGCUAGGAAUCCGUCCACUUCUCGGCGGCUAUCCUUUCCAAGGCCAGGGUCGUGUCAAUCAGCUGGGCGGAGUGUUCAUCAACGGCCGUCCUCUGCCGAACCACAUCCGAUUGAAGAUCGUCGAAUUGGCGGCGGCUGGCGUCCGUCCGUGCGUCAUCUCCCGCCAGUUGCGAGUCUCCCACGGCUGCGUCUCAAAGAUCCUCAAUCGCUACCAGGAGACGGGCAGCAUCCGCCCGGGAGUCAUCGGCGGAUCGAAACCAAAGAGCAGUUCCUCAGGCUCGUCGGGAAGUACGACUCCGGCCGGCGGAAGCAACGAGGUGGAGCGCAAGAUGGACGACUACCGACGGGACAACCCCAACAUCUUUUCGUGGGAAAUUCGAGAUCGUCUCAUUAAAGACGGAAUAUGCGACAAGUCAUCCGCACCGUCCGUCUCAUCCAUCAGCCGACUGUUACGUGGACCUCGCGGCGGAGAAGGACACGGAAGCGACGAUUGCGGCAGCAGUAUCGACGGACACAUCAGCGCUGAUCCUCAUCGUCCGCAACACGACCACACCAUCAACGGUAUACUAGCAGGCCGCUCGAGCGAAGAUGAGGAUUCGUCGGAUAUCGAAUCGGAGCCCGGGAUCGCGCUCAAGCGGAAACAGCGCCGCUCUCGGACCACCUUUAGUGCCGAUCAGCUGGAGGAACUGGAACGAGCAUUCGAGCGAUCCCAAUAUCCGGAUGUCUACACCAGGGAAGAAUUGGCUCAGAAGACCCGAUUGACCGAAGCCAGAGUUCAGGUGUGGUUCAGCAACAGGCGUGCCAGGUGGCGCAAACACAUGGGGACGUCGCAACAUCAUCAACAUCCCAACUCGGGGGGAGGAGGAAGCUCGUCAUCGGGGCCGAGCAUCGGCUCCAUCGGUCUGCCUUAUCAGAGCCAACCGGCCGUCGCCUCCCAUAUUGGCCAAUACAGCGCAUCGGAAUCGACUGGAACCACGUCAGAUCGUUGCUGGCCGGAUCGCACUGGCGGUGGCAAUUUCCUGUUUCCGCAAUCAGCAAACACCGGAGGCGUAGCUAGUUCGGCAUUCAACACGGCGGAAUCUUUCGGACAAUUAUUCGCGACCGCGGCGGCGGCUACACCAAGUGGCGGAUUAAGCAACUACACUCCGACUUCUUCUUCCGCAUCAUCCGCUGGUGUGGAAUACCCACCGCAUCCGCACCAUCACUUACCGGGGGCCCUUGGCGAAACCGGUUGGAAUGCUGUGAAAUCCGGCGGCGGCGGCGGCGGAAGCGCUGGCAAUUCGAUCGGAACCGAAAUGCCCAGCUGGACAACUGCUCCGGCUUCUUUCAACGGAUUCGACAACUACAACGGACUGGCCACGGGUGAAAUGUUUAUGGGUCACCAUCAUCACCAUCACCAUCAUCAGAGCUAUGCAGAUGUCGGAAAAGCCGCCUCGGCCUCCUUCUCUUACGGCCAUCAUCACAAUCCGGCCGUUGUGGGCGUUUCUUCGGCCGCCGCAGCCGCCGUGGCUUACCGGAACUAUAAUUUGGCCAAAGGAAACAGUGCUGCGGCAGCCUCAUUCGGAUUUUACUAAAAAAAAAAUUACUUAAAGAAGGAUAAAUUAUAUUUUCAAAUAUUUCUGUGAAAAUGUCAUCAUAGGGAGGGAUUGUAAAAUCUCAGGAAUGAAAAAAAAACAUUCAAACGUAUUACUUGAUCUGCAUAUUUUCUUUUCUAUCAUGCCUUAAAAUAUUACAUCAUCAUCUUAUCAAACAUUAAACUAGUUCAUCGGAAUGUAAUCUCUACGCUAAAGUAACGCAUGUCUCUUAAUAUUUUCUAUUCUUAUCUUUUUUUAAAAAUAAGGAAAAUACAUUACAUUAACAAGAA